CUCCCCCGCGCGCGGACGGUGGGCGAGGCCGGGCGCAGAGCGACACGCAGCAGCGGGGCGGGCAGGUUCCUGGCCCAGCUGGUGCCUUGGUGCUUUGGAGAUGAUUGUGCCCCUGCCUCGGACCUGCCGGGAAACCCAAGCGCUAAAGGGACCUCGCCCGCUGCCUGGCAUGAAAUGUCUGCGCCGAAGGGGAAGUAGUUUCCGAGUGGCAGGUGCUGGGGGGCGGCAGUCCGGCCUCCUGGGUUUCGUUCCCAGCUCUGGGAGGGAGCGUCGUCUGGUGGCUGGAACUGGGUUGACUCAGGCCACCUGGGUGCCAUCACUGACUCCUUGUGCGACCCUGGGCAAGUCACUUUCCCUUCUCAGUGACUGGUCUCCCCCCCUGCUCCGUGGGGCGAGAACAUGAACCGAUGUCGUGCCCCAUAGGGGCCCAGCACGUAGCUGUUCCCAGCCGCUCAUGACAAGUGCUGUUUGCUUUGCCCCGGCAGCGGAGUCCCGGACAUGCGAUAACUGCAGCAAUGGCCACGUCAGAUGAGCUCAAGUUUCACGAAUUCGACGAGGCAGCCGACUUGCUGGCCGUGAACCCUGAUGCCACAACCACCAGCAUCAGCGAGCGGCAAAGCCACGUGGCCGUGAAUGUGAGCACCGGCUACGAGGAGGGCGAGUUAGGGGAGGAGACAGAUCAAACUGAGCUCCUGAGCAGCCAGAAGAAGCCACCCAGUUUCUGGACCUUCGACUACUACCAGACUUUCUUUGAUGUCGACACCUACCAGGUGCUGGACAGGAUAAAGGGGUCUCUGCUGCCGUUGCCUGGGAAGAACUUCGUACGGCACCAUUUACGGAACAACCCUGACCUGUACGGGCCCUUCUGGAUCUGUGCCACGCUGGCCUUCACGCUCGCCGUCAGCAGCAACGUGUCCCACGCGCUGGAGAAAUGGGGCGACCCCUCCUUCCACUACAGCCCCCAGUUCCACAAAGUGACCAUCGCCGGGCUGGUGACCUACUGCUACGCCUGGCUGGUGCCUCUGGCCCUCUGGGGCUACCUGCAGUGGCGCAAGGGCCUCAGCCUGCACGUGGGCUCCUAUAGCUUCCUGGAGACGGUCUGCGUGUACGGCUACUCGCUCUUCGUCUACAUCCCCACCUCGAUCCUGUGGCUGAUCCCGGCUGCCUGGCUUCAGUGGCUCCUGCUGGCCUUCGCCGCGGCGCUCUCCGGCGCUGUGCUGGUUCUCGCCUUCUGGCCGCUGCUCCGCUCCGACAGCAAGCCGGCCACACUGGCCACGCUGGCCGCCCUCGUCUCGCUCCACGUGCUGCUGGCCGUCGGCUGCAAGCUCUAUUUUUUUCAGGCGCUGCCCAACACCAUCCCUCCCCUGCACCCCCUGGUCACAGCCCAGCAGCCCCCGGUGCUGCUCCCUCACCCGGCCAAUGCCUCGGCCCCCCUCCGCCAGUGAGGUGUGGAUCCCCCAGCACUGGGCGCAGGCGACAGCCCGGACCCAGCCUCCGGCCUCUCCCCCACGCUGCACAGGGACGGGGCGGCAGCUUGGCUAGCGGCUGAGCCCGGGACAUUCGGCACGUCUCAUUCCCAGCUGGGACUAGGGGAAUGAGCUUGUGCCCAGACCAGCACGCACCGGGCCCCAGCUAGCCCCUGCCUUGGUCAGUGGCAGGCAUCCUGCCAGGACAGAGCCCGGGCCCUGCUCUUGGGGCAUCCCUGCGGCACAGGGAGCCCGACACCUCUGCUGGCCCCAGGGCUGGCGUUUGCAGCCCACUGCCAGGUUCUGAUUUGGCACCGCUGCCCUGCUCCCCGGCGCUAGGCCGGGAGCUUCCCAUGUAACCCAGCCCCAGCUCUGCGGGGGAGGCUGGAACGGAGCACAGGGAAUUCUGCCAGGUGAGGUACUCACCAGCCCCCCCAUCUUGCGGGCAUGGGGGGGGGGGGGGCAGGGGCAGUUCCGGCUGCUCCCCGGGCAAGGCCUAAGGACUGGGAGCUGUCAGCUGUUUUCUAUGCAAAGGUGAUUGAAAUAAACAACUGGGGCUUUGCCCCCCUGGGA